AUGAACUCGAAUACUUCGAAUACUUCAAACAUUACUCCAAAAUCAACCUCAUCAUUCCACAAUCCUACAAUUCCACCAACACCAACUCCAUCAACUUCCGAAACAACGUGGCAGCUAAUAUCCUCGGAAUCUUCUACUACCAUUACUUUCCCUCCAUCCCCAACUCUAACAGCGGAUGACUAUACCAUCCUUCAAAAAUACCAAAAUCAUCCAUCAGUAAUUAAUCAUGCCAGCACUCUCUUUGGUCAACCCACAAGAACCGAGCAGAAUAAAUACUACCUGCCAUCCAAAAGAACUGAUUGGAGUGGCACUGCUCCAAAACCAUUAGAAGCUGCGAUGUAUAUACCUCCCGGAUCAACAAUAUAUGUAAAAAGGCUUCCAUAUUUUACAAAAAAUGAUAAACAGGAUUUUUCUGAUUUGUCUUUUAAUUUUGUUAACAUGUCAGAUGAUGAAGAGAUGUUUCCAUGUCUUGAACCAACAGAUUCUAGGUUUAGGCAUUUAUUUUUUGGCGGUGAUAAUGAGAAACAUCAAGAAAGUGGUGAUGGAGAAUAA